AUGCUUGCUUUAGCCCUGACCGGCACCGCCUCGCCAGUCGACGCCGCGCCUUCGUCCCUGACCAAACGCGCCUUUACAACCGACUGCACAUUGACCGGCAGAGCUGGCAAUAUUCCCGCUAUGUAUAUCUUCUCGAUGGCAUAUGACGUAGACUUCUUUGUCAGGGGAUCUAGCCCUCAGCCGCAUGUGACCGUUACCUCUUCGGGCUACGGCUUCGGCGAUACAUCAAGAGCCGACCACUUCAGUCUGAUGAAUUAUAACAAUUUUAAUGGCAACACCUUCAACAUACAGGUCAACCACUCACCGACUGGAGUGCUACACUCAUUCAGCCUCAUCGGGGCCAAGACCGGCUAUCCCGUUGACGCCUUGCAUCGCAGCAAGCUAGAGUGCGCGGGCAUCGCCGUCAAGCAGGUCUAG